ACUUCAAGAGACUGCGAGGACGUGAACUCAGUUAACGAAGCUUGGCCAGAAGGAGAAUUAGAGGCUAAGACUAAGAGUACUGGGAAGAUUAGAGUUUGAGCUGCUAUCCUGCCUCCCUGAAAGCUAGCACCAUGACCCUUACCAAAGGUUCUUUCACCUAUUCCAGCGGAGAGGAGUAUCGUGGGGAGUGGAAGGAAGGGCGUCGGCACGGUGUUGGGCAGUUGACAUUUGCUGAUGGCAGCGUUUACCUGGGACACUUUGAGAAUGGCCUCUUCAAUGGCUGUGGGGUGCUCACUUUUUCAGAUGGCUCCAGGUACGAGGGAGAGUUUGUCCAGGGAAAGUUCAAUGGUGUUGGAGUCUUCACUCGCUAUGACAAUAUGAUCUUUGAAGGAGAGUUCAAGAGUGGACGUGUUGAUGGCUUUGGACUUCUGACUUUCCCUGAUGGCUCCCAUGGAAUCCCCCGUAAUGAAGGCUUUUUUGAGAACAACAAGCUCUUGCGACGGGAGAAGUGCCAGGCAGUGGUUCAGCGUGCGCAGAGUGCCUCCAAGCUGGCGCAUGGCCUCGCAGCAUGAUGGGGCAAGCUCUAAGUAGCCCUACCCUGGGACUCUCCCAUGAAACUGCAGACUAAGUCCCAGGGGUUGGGAGAAAUGUGGAGUGUAGAAAUUACAGAGACAAAUACCAUCUCUUGAAGGGAGAUGACCCCAACCCAGCUCUGCUCAGUUGGACAGCCUGCCUAGAUCGCUCUCUUAAAACAUCUUGGCCCUCAUAGUGUGCGUUGGUGCCAAACUUCAGUUACAGAACCACCCUUCCGGACAAAGCAUCUGGCACUCCUGAAGCAGUGGCAUUCCCUUUGUUGGGAGCAUUCUCCAUAGAAGGUCUGCUAGAGCUAAAUUCCCACAGCCGUGAUGGGCCCAGUGAGGGUUGCUGUAUUUGUGCCCCCCCCCCCCCCCCCAACUGGUAAGGGAGGAGUGACUUGUUAAUGUACAUUAUGGGAAUGCAUAAGGUUAGUUUACAUCUUUCUUGACUUUGAAACCAACGCAGCUGGGAGGUUGUGACUUAGCUGUAUUGGACUUCAGUGGUCAGAGUUGGAAUCUGCAUUUAGCGCAGCACCCAUUCCCCUUCCUAAGCCUUCUGGGUCUCACUCAAUCUUCUCCCCCCCCCCAUGAGGCUCAAUCUGUGUCAAAAACAAA